UGAGCGCAAAACCCCUCCAAACCAACCCCACGCAAAAGCGGGCGCGCGCAUGGAACUUCGAGUCCCGUGCCAAUGAGUUUUUCUGGGCACAUGCGUGUUUUUGGAUGAUUAAUAUAAGAAUAUUUCAGUCCUGUCCUUUGGUUUGGUGGGAAACUUUGUUUUUGGGACGCGUUAAGGAAUCACUUGCUUUGCGUCUCACGUCUAUGCACGCGACUGUCUGCGUUUAAUUUUACAGCGGCGCGCUUAUCUCGUGAACCGAAGUAAACAGUAGCUGAUAUCAUCGGCUCAGGUGUACCUGAGUGUGAUCGACACACCUGUGACAGAGAGAUGUACACAACAGUCCUGCUGUCAUCUCUGUUUCUCAUGCAUGUGACCUCUACGCCUCAGUUUCACGGUCAUCAUGGGAGGAGAGUUUGUGUUGGAGAUGCUUGGAGUCCUCGUGUAUCCUAUAGCACAGAAUCGUUUCUUCAACCUGUACACAAACCCUAUAUGACCAUGUGCCAAAACCACAGAUUGUGUAGUACAUACAAAACAAUAUACAGAGUAUCUUAUAGGCAAGUGAGUAAAACAGUCGCUAAUGUGCACGCGGACUGCUGUCCGGGAUGGAGGCGCAUGCAUUCGCACAACUGUAACCAAGCCGUGUGCGAACAGUCCUGUGCAAAUGGAGGAUCGUGUUUACGGCCUAAUAAAUGUGCGUGUUCGAAAGGAUGGACCGGACGCUAUUGUCAGAUAGAUGUGGAUGAGUGCAUUGAAGCUCAUGGCUGUUCACAGACGUGUGUGAAUACACCGGGGAGUUUUCAGUGUGUGUGUCAUGAGGGAUUCAGUCUGGCUGAAGAUGGAAUGACAUGUUCAAGAAUUCCCACGCCCUCCGUGCCGACCGCCGCUCCUCCCACAGCAGACGAUCUCUCAUCCAGCGCUGAUGCUGGUGGAGGUUUGCGAUUGGUGGAGAACGUAACAGAAGAGGUUCAGAUGCUAAAAAACCGAGUGGAGCUACUGGAACAGAAACUAGAGAUGGUUUUGGCUCCGUUCACCACUCUCUUCUCGUUGGAUGAUAUUGGGGGUGAAGGAGACGCUAAUAGCUUCCUGUCUGACCGGACUAACUUCCUGUCACAUUCGCUGCAGCAACUGGACCGUAUCGACUCGCUCAGCGAGCAGGUUGGAUUUCUGGAAGAACGAAUCGGAGCAUGUGCCUGCCAGGAAAACUGAGCGAUUACUGGAGAUGGGCUGGAUCCUCUCGUGUGAAGACAACAGCUCGUCAUUUACAUCAAAGUUAAAACCAUGAAAAGAUGUAAAGGGGAGCAUAAUGUCGAAGACACACAAUUCUGUUUGGGAGUUUUAUGAAGUAUAACCUGGUGCUUAUUUGUGUGUGUUUCGUAACAUUUUUAUUUCAAUUUUAUCAUUGUAUUUUUGUAUUGUCUCUCAUGUUUAAGUAUGAACCAGGAAAAUUUAUAUAUUUAUUCCAUGAUAAUUCCAUGUAGAAUUCCUUUCCCUGGAUAUUACGGUUGA